AUGAUUACUACCGUGGUGUCCUCUAAGCCACCCGCCAAAGUGAAGAUUACCCUACCUUUCCGCGUCCCGGAAGCGCCAUCAUCUUUACAUCCCCCGACAAGGAUCAAACAGACCGAACCCGAACCCGAAACUAAGACGUUAUUGCUUUCUAUGGCCGAUAGCAGAAGAAAAAUCGCGAAAGACGGCUGGGGUAGUCGCGCCAAUUUCCAGGCUUCUUAUGGCUUAGGCAUGACGCGUGAGGAUCUUGCGGAAGGAAAUGAGAUCUUGGAUGCAAUGCGGAGGGCCGACACGGGUAAUUCGGGGGAGAAUGAUGUUCAUAAAGACCCUGAAAGUGAAUGGGUUAAGAGGAACAGGGAAAGGUAUGAAGCUGGAGGGCGCAGUGAGUUGAAAGAGGCUGCUGCUGCGCAGUGGGCGGAGCAGUAUAACUUUACGCCAAGUAGUGAUCCGGAGAUGGAUAUGAUCAUUGCGAUGGGGUUGAGGGAUAUGGAAGAUGAUCCUGAAUUUAGCCAUAUGUUUGAAUCGGGGGGCGGUAUUUCGAGUAACCUGGGAGGACCGGCUGGGGAUGUUGGGGCGACGAAGUCGAAGCGGCAACUGAAGAGGGAGAGGCAGCGAGAGCGUGCGAGGAAGGAUAAUCAGGAGAUCAACCUCGCCCCCGGAUCCUCCUUACCGCCGUCACUCGCCACGACAUACCCGUUGUCCGCCAAGGACCCUGGAGGGGGGAGCCGCCAGCCGGCCAAGAAGAACUUGAACGAAGGCAAGAGGGCGGUCCACAAAUCCGUAGAUACACUUAGGGAAAUCUCCCUACUCGCACCGGGUGUCGCACGAGACAAACUCCUCGACUGGGGCAACGCUGGCAUCGGUAUCGCCAACAAAGUCCGAGGAGAACUCGAGGAACAAGGCUUGACCGACGAAAGCCGCCUCGAUUGGUCCGGAUUCAUUGAGGUCACUAGGGGGGGCCUGGAAAUCGUCGAAGGUCUACUAGCGCUCCCCGAACUCGCUGGGGUAAACUCCCGCAAGCUCCUGGCCACCAUCACCGACCGUCUCCGGGGCGCCAAACCCGUCAAAUCUUGGCCCGCCUGGUUGCCGGACGACUUUACCGAGGAGAAGUUCCUCAAGCUCUCGAAACACGUCUGCCCCGCUCCCUUCGUCUCUGCUGGUCCUAGGACUCCCACGUCCAAGGACCUCCCGUCACCUGUCACCCGCCUCGGACAAGGAGCAGGUACCGUCCGUGGCCCACAAGGGGCAAGACUAUCCGGUUCUUGCGCAUGCGGCAGGGUCCACUCGAAGGACCCCGAAGAAAACGCCCGCUUCUCCCAGGCUUGUGCAAAGAUUCUUAGGGUUAUGGCUGGAUCACGUGAUGCGUCACGCACCUUGAUAGACUGUGAACUUCUGGGGGUUACCACCGUCCAGAAGUGCCAGGAAAUCCUAUGUUACUGUCGUCGACCGCUGCGCCUCGGUAAAGAUUCGCCACCACCGGCUACCUACCGUACCAUCCGUGCACCAUCCAACUACCGUGCCGUCUCUCCACCAUCCUCACUCUCACCUCGCGCUGGAUCGCCUGUCCAAGACCCCCGUGACGGCGUCCCGGACCACAUUACCCCGACGCCUGAAACACAAGCCGUCUUACGACAGUUUUUGAUUGAAAAGGGUUUCACGGUACUACCGGUCCCCACCAAAAGGAUCUGCAAUCGGUGCAACACCACGUGCGCACCCCACGCCAUGGCAGUACACACAGGUCUCCGUCGCUUUCGGGUGAGUGGUAAUGAACGUGUGUCGUGUUGGGUUGCGUUGGGACCUUUAGAGCAGGCCUAUUGGCAAAUCAGAAGGCCUGUCCGAGGUUGA